UUCCGCCAUGUCUUGUUAAGUAAAUAAAGUAGUGCACAUCGGUCUGUGAGUGACGCUACUAUACAAGACAUGGCGGAACUCUUGCCUCACUUUUCAGCUCAAAGGUAGCAGUCUAAUAGUAGAGGCAAGUCCUCUAUUAUGAGAUAGAAUUCUAAUAUAAGAUAGUAGGUUUUCAACGUCCAAAUUCAACGAUUACACGAUCCAACAAUCAAUUCUCCACUAAACAGGCUUCACUCCGAGGGCGAGAAAUUCCUGGUGGAAUCGUCGGUCAAUGUCUACAUAUUAAUUUAGCAGAAACCCCGCCAUUAGGAGCCUAUAACAGGAGACUUUCCUCCAUCUGUGGGUCUGGGACGCGAGCGGCCUCCCUCGCGCGCGCGGGAUUUACCACGUAAAUCCCCUCGCCGAGAUCCUCCUUUCGGAGCGCGAUCGAUCUCGAUCGCUCCGACGUGGUCGCGCGACGACGGACGCGCGCCGCUGGUGAACGUGUCGUACGCCGGUCGUCAGGAGGGCCGUAGAAUUCUAGAAGGGGGUCAUCAUACGAGGCCGCCGAGCGGCGGCCCGGCACGGGACGGGAACCAGUACACGGGUGUCGUUCUGCGCGGACUGAACGGAAGGAGCGAGAGGCGCGCGUCGGAGGAACCACGUACGGGAGAGUGCCGUCGUUGUAAAUAAACGGAACGCAUCGUCGCGCCGGCGGUGCUACCACACGGCUGUCCGCGCACGGGGUGCCAGAGGGUUUCGUAGCGCCGAGAGGAUUUACCGCCGGGAGUCCGCCGGUGUCGUCCUCGGGAACGAAUACGAUCGCGAGAUAAUAGCGGCCGGCUCCAAAAAUUACUUGAUGCGCUGAGGAUGCGCCGUGAUUUCUGCAACGGUGGGCUUGCCUGCGCCGUUGUGUGGGUGUCGUCGACUUGUCUGCUGCUCGUCCUCUCGACAUCGAUCACCGCCGCGAAUCAACCAGUUUUUACAGCGAUAUCCACAGGACCGGAAAUCGAAAAAAGAAAAGCGCUCUUCUUUCCCUCUCCUUUUUCCCCAGGUUUUGCCAAGCUAAUAAUAGUUUACGGUGUUUCUCCCCAUGAUCAGCCAAAGGCUUGUUCUUGUUGCUCUGAAGACGAAUUUAAUGUACCAGUCAAAAAAUUCUUACGCAACAAAACAUGUUUUAAUCGCAAUUUCAGAGUUUUGCAAUCAAUCGAUUCCCAUCCCAAUGUGUUACAGCAGGAUGCAUGUCGUCUCAAUAAAUAUCGAGGGCAAUCCGAUUUGCAUGCCAAUAACAAAUCAAAUUUCUCCUACACUAAGCCGUUGCUGAGAGUCGCCGGUCGAUGUCCGUCCCUCGUCGAACAGAAUGUGUGCCCGUCGAGGGCGCCGGCCUGCGAGAAUGACUACCAGUGCCAAGGCACGCCGGAGGAACGCUGCUGCGGAACCGCGUGCGGCCUCCGCUGCGUCGCGGGCGAGCUGACCGGAUGCGAACAGCUGGCGUUGGCGGCUGUGAGGAGGUCCCGGGCCCUCGGCCCCCGGGGUCCCUCGCAGUUCGUGCCGCGAUGCAACAACGUGACCGGCGAGUUCGAGAGGAUACAAUGCGAGCCGCACGGCCGCAGCUGCUGGUGCGUCGACGAGAUCGGCGCCGAGAUACCUGGCACCAGGGCGUCCAGCAAGGACGUCAUCGACUGCGACAAGCCCCGCAACUGCCCGGCUCACAGCUGUCGGAUGCUCUGCCCCUUGGGAUUCGAAGUAAAACCGAGAUAUAAAUUCAAAAUGUAUUUCUCCUCGCGAAAAUAUUUAGUGUGCGAGUACCUGCGGGAUUUCAACGAUCGCAUGGAGGGUACGAGGGAGGGAAUGUUCCUGGCGAUCCCAGCACCUCAGUGCGAACCGGACGGAGCCUACAAGUCUCUGCAGUGCCACAAUGGUACCAGCUGCAAGUGCGUGAACCACCGCGGGGUGAUGCUGAAGACUGGACUGGACCCGGCCGCCCCGGCCGACUGCGAGGCCGUCAAGGAGCUCACGCGGGUCUGCAAGCGUCUGUACUGCAACCUGAUCUGCCCGUACGGCUACGAGGUGGAUGCAGCCGGUUGCGAGCAGUGCCGCUGCCACGAGCCGUGCCGCGACGUCACCUGCGACUCCCACGAGACCUGCACGAUGAUCGACGUCAACUGCGGCUCGAACGAGUACUGUCCGGCGGUGCCGGCGUGCCUCACGACCAAGCCGGGCCAGUGCCCGUACCUCGUACCAAGCUCGUCGAGCUGCGAGCUGCAGUGCAGCAACGAUCAGGAGUGCCCGUCCGGUGACAAGUGUUGCUCGACCGGCUGCGGCACGCAGUGCGUGGCCCCGGUCAUGGCCACGGCCUGCCAGCAUGCUCGCGCGGUCGCCGAGCACGCCGCCAGGGAGUCGGGCGAGCCCGCGAGGAGGAUCUACAUACCAAGAUGUGACGCCGACGGCGCGUUCGAGCCGGUGCAGUGCCACAACGGCAUGUGCUGGUGCGUGGACGAGGAAGGCAAGGAGGCGGCGGGUACUCGGGUCCUCGAAGGGGUCGUGCCGCGCUGUAACACGCCCUUGAGAUGUCCGGAGGUCGAUUGCAAGCUCAACUGUCCGGACGGCUUGGAGCUGGACGCGGACACGGGCUGCCCGACCUGUCUAUGCCGCGAUCCCUGCCGCAGCGUCACGUGCCGCGGCGAGAACGAGGCGUGCCGGAUGGUGGAGGUCGCGUGUAGCGCGCCGCCGUGUCCCCCGGUACCGGUCUGCCUGCCGAAGAAGGACAACCCGUGCCCGAACAGCUCGCCGCUGCUCGAUCAGAACGGCUCGAUCGCGAUCUGCGGCCCGCACGGCCGUCACUGCCCCUCGACGCACAAGUGCGAGCUGUCGCCGUUGGACGAGUACGCGGUGUGUUGCCCGAAGCCGCGCGAGGUCUGCUUCGAGCCGCCCCGGAGGGUGCCCUGCAAUCCGCACGCGGGCCUCAACGAGACCGAGAGGUGGUUCUUCGAUCCGGAGCGCAACGAGUGCCGGCGCAAGCACGAGUGCACCCUCGGCCACAACGACUUCUCCAGCCGGCUGGUGUGCGACACCGUGUGCCCCGUGCUGUCGCAGUGCGAAAGGCUGCGCGAGAAGAACCUGAAGCGGUCGCAGCGACUCAAGCAGCCCACGUUCCUGCCCAAGUGCAAUCCCGACAGCGGCACGUGGGAACCGGUGCAAUGCCUGGAGCACGUCGGUGUAUGCUGGUGCGUGAAUCGCAAGGGUCAGCCGAUCAAGGGCUCGCUGACCCGGGUCGCCGAGCCCAAGUGUAACUUCCGGCAGGCUAGACGCGGCGGCAGGAGGCCGGAGUCGCAGGAGAUAGACCGCGAGAUCCAGGCGGUCAUGGAGGACGCUCUGCUCAACCUGGAGACGGACGAGCGACGAGUGGGGAAGAUACUCGGGACCAGGUGCCAGGCGAUGAAGGACAAGGGCCACGUGCCGGCGAUAUGCGAUCCGCAGGGUAGAUUCGAGCCCACCCAAUGCGCCGGCGAUACGUGCUGGUGCGUAGAUGAAGCCGGCAAUCAAUUGAUCGGGUCCGAGCCGUUCUUGAAGGGAACGAGCAUUUGCCUGCCGACUCCAGUGGAGGCUGUCGACGUGACGCUACGCUUCCCCGGUCGGUUCCUCGCCAGCGACGAGACGCGAUUCGUCCGGGAGGCCGAGAAUUUUCUGCACGAGCUCGGCGCGCGGCUCCGGAAGGACGUGCGGGUGGAGCUCAGUCAGGACUCGGCGAUCCUGAGCUUCGAGAUCGUCGGCGCGAACAAGGUGGACGUGGCGUUCCACUUGGAGGAGCUCACGCGAAUCCAGAAGCUGUCCAUGCUGGGCUCGUCCGCGGACGCGACGACCUCGCGUUUCACGCAUCGCUCAACACCCGUGGCGACGCAGAGCCGGAUCGUCGCGCUGGAGCAACGUGAGAUCCUCACGCAGAUGGAGACGCCGUUCUAUCAAACCGCCACGAUCGUCCUCGCCGCGAGCAGCGCCUUCGUCAUCAGCAGCCUCGUCAUUCUGCUGAUGCUGUACCGCAAAAAGAUGAAGCUAAAGGACCCGGCGAAGACGUUUUCCAUGGACCAACACUUCCUCGCUUACAGCCAACAACCGGUUUACGUGAUAUCAAGAGCAGAGCAGAACGAGAAGGAAAAGGAGACCGCGGUGCAGCAGAUGCUGGAGAGUAUCCAUACGUCGGACACCAUCGCUGGAGCAUAAGGCGCUUCUUGCUCUUGACAGCGGCUAUUAGUAAACAGAAUUAUAAACGAAGGUACAAGAAUUAUGCAACUGGAAGCGCGAAUUAAUAUCGUACACGGUAUAACAUACAUCGUAGUCAGAACAAUGUCAUGUAUAUCUCACUGUCAGUCUCGCCGUAAUUUAUUGUCCACACGAGAUUCAUCGUUGCGGUCCACAGACUUGACGAUCAAACAAAUGCGAUGCUUUUGGACCCGGUGUUUAUUAAUCAAUUUCAUAGAUACAUAAGCCUGUAGAUUCUAUAUGAGCAACUGUCGAGACGUAUCUGAUAUUAUUCGCGUACGCGUAAAGUAUAAGUCGUUCGUAAAUUUGCUUAAGUAAUUCUGAUACAACAUAAGAUGGCUUGAAGAUGUAAUCUACGCUUCUCUAAAGUAAGAUUUAAGAUUCUUUCGCGAAAUUGGAAACAUUUGCCCGCGAAUUACGAGUUUAUCGAUGGACAUUAGUUUGAUCGUCGAGGACCUAGGUAUGGGAAUUGAUUUUAUUAUUUUCAUUGGUAUUUGUCUUCGUUACCUCUUCGAUGUGGGAGUCAUUAACGCAAGGUUUCCCUCGGUCUGGAGAUCCCGAGGUGUAAAAUAUCAUUACGUUAAUACAUCGCACGAUUGUAAAUAGAUUAUUAUAUUUAUAGAUUUAUACUGUGUUCGAUUAUUUAUAUAUAUAGAUGAAUAAAGAUCGGAAUUCCCCUGUUUUCCAAUAACAAGAGCGUUGUAAGCGUUGUACUCGUAAACUAAUGUAGAUUUCAUUACCUUCCCCGUUGUAUUAGGGUAAAAUUGAAAAACGCUGUCAAAUAAUUGAUUAGAAACACGAUUUCCCUCAAUGUUUCCAAUCUUUUAUUCCUUUGCAAAGUAAAUUUUUUAUGAAUACGAUGCCAAAAAGGAAAAUUCUACACGGAGAGAAUUUUCUCUUAAAAUUUAUCCUGCAAAUUAUUCCCUAGUGGCGCAACAUAUUGGCGCAAUAUUGGAAAAUAAUGUAAUUCUAGUAUUGUUGAAUAUUGGCCAA